UUAUAGUGGGACUGCGAUACUGUGGCGAGCAUUCUGACACUGGGUGGGAACUGACUAACUGCCACUGACAUCUCCGGUGACACUAAUACAAUGACCAGUGCUAAUAAAAAGCAAUGACACUGUACUAAUGCCACUGGGCAGGAAGGGGUUAACAUCUGGGGUGAUCAAAGGGUUAACUGUGUGCUGUGUUGUGUUUAACAUUAAGCUUGUGUGUGUGUUUCACUGUAAUCACAUUACUUUGGAUGGCUGUGCUGUGCAGAGCCAUCCAAAGCAGUGUUCACAUGCUGACUGGUAGGAGAACUGUAUUGUUUACAUACAGUUCUCCUCCCCGUCGGAGAUGC